AUGGCUUACUCCUCGGCCGCCAACAGCCCUGGCUACCAAACAUACGCAGUUCCUCUGGCUGGUGGAAAGAGGAAGCGAGCUACUGCGAACAGCCAGUCAGAAUCGGCUGAACCCAAUGCGACUCCCAUCGCAGCGCGAUCGAAGAGGAGUCGCCCCAACGAAAAGGACUAUAACGCCAAGUACAUGGCUGAGAUUUGUUUCGGCGCGUACAAGGCGCGCUUACACAUCGCCGGCUAUUCGCAGUAUACUGCCGACGUUGCGAAUGACUGGCGAGAGGAUCUUGUCGAGUUGUUCAGCCACGCCGCGUUGAAAGGAACCAUGAAGCAGAAUGCCGCGGCUCGUCAUGUCAUCCCUCGUCUGACAUCUCUCAUCCCUCAAAAGAACGAAAAGAAGGGCGCGCUUGUGAAAGACUUUGCGAAGCACUACGAGACUGUGCGAAAUGACAUGAUGGUCAUCGACAGAGUCAUGGGAAAUGGCUUCAAGGUCAACGAACAAUCCAUCGUCGAAGUACGCGAGUGUCUAAACGGCCUACACUAUAUUCUCGCCAAAGGAGAGCAAUGGCGUAACGUCAUGCCUUACACACCGCUGCCAAUGUACCGGCUCCGAGCCCUCCGCGACUUGAUAGAGUACUCACGGCCGCACCACCUCCUCGGCGAUCUGAUCACCAACAUUGAAGACAUGGAAGGCUGGCUCAGCCCACCACCUGCGCGUUUCAACUUUCCGACUGGUUCAAUCGACGAGACACUGGAGACGUUGCAGAAAGCAACCGAGGACAAAAUUGCAAAGACCAGCAUCGGCCCCAACGCACAGCAGAUGGCAGAAUACCGAGCGCAAAAGGCCGAAGCCCUGCGUCUGCAGAAAGAGGAACAGGCCCGCCAACAAGAGAAGGAACGACUUGACGAAGUCCAGCGAGUUCAAGCAGAGCGAGAUCAACUGAAGCAACAGAUCAAGUCGCUCGAGAUGACCGCCGCAAAAGAACGCGCUCAAGAGAGUGUGAAGAAGGUCGCAGAAGCUGCAGCAACGGCUCAACGCGAUAAAUCGUACCAGGAUCAGAUUGCGCAACAAACAACUGAGAUAAACAAGCUCAAAACCGACCUAAGCAACCUGUCUGCUAAGCAGGCAGCCCAAACUAAGCCCGAUGCCACUACGACAUCGUCACUUCCAGUUACUGCAGGACAGACUGGCACUUCAAUGAACUCUUCUUUCAGCAGCAUUCAGACUGCCAACAGUAGCUUCUACCAGCCAAAGAGCUCUCUAGGCACUUCUUUCGGAAGCUCUAUAAAUGGUGGGUCGUAUGGGCAGCUCGGUUCAUUCGGCCAAGUUUCACAUCAUCCUACGCCGAAAGACGACGACGUCCAAAUGACGGACGCUCGACGGGUUGAUAGCUCGCAGCAACACCCUAGCUUUGGUCCGUUCGAUCCUUCCACGAUAAUUACACGCGGUGUAGGCCAGUCAAACCCCUUCAAUGCUCGAAUCACCAAUGGCGCUCCCUCACAUCCCUUCGGAAUAUCAGCCGACGACGGCAACUUCAAGGCGGCGUGCCCAGCAUACAAGAAUGGGACAUGCACAUUAGGCAGGAGUUGCAAGCUACCCCACACCGCAUGCAAGUUCUGGUUGAGCGGUAGUUGCAGAUUCGGUGGGAGAUGUAAACACAGUCACGAUCCUUUCUUCCUCACAGAAGCCGCAUCAAAAGGCCAGUCAAAACAGUUUCCACGGGCUGACCAAAUGGUCAUCGAUCCUGUCUCUGCACCACGAUCCAGCAACUUUUCCCAAACGAAUCCCUUUUCCAGUCACCUGCCGGGUGGUCCAAAUCCUUUCGGUGGGCAGAUGAAAGGGAAUGGGGAUUCUACCUUACAACCUAAGCAGCAAGACCAGACUUUUGGCUUUCACACGAGCAACGGCAAGAAUCCGUUCGCCCAAGCUCCAUCACCAGCGCCAGCAGUGCGCAAGCCGACGCUUGCUGAGCGGGUAACAAGGGGUGACCAACCCACCUCUUUUGAUAACCAAACGCCAUUUGGUUACCAUCUCCCACCAACGGGCCCCCGAGGAAACCGUUCACUCGCCGACAGGAUAACAAAGAACGACCAACCCAUCGCCCAUCAACCUCAACAUCAGGCUCCUACCAUGCGCAUCGAACAAUCGUUAGAGGAUAUCAUCAAUGCAUCUGGAGGGCGCAGGAACGAAAAACAGGCAAAGCCGCUUCAGUCGGAGACUCUCUGCAGGUGGCAAAAGACCUCGCCAGCCGGAUGCACGAAUACUACUUACAUCAUAAACCACAUCCAAGCCAUCCAACAAAACUGGUUCAUCCACCCCUCCAUCUCAGAAGAGCCCAUCCUCCCCGCCUCCCUCCUCGCCGGCGUCCCAAUCAACUGCCUCCCGGCCCCAAUUAUCCAAGCCAUUCACGAGCUCUCCACACUAACGAUCGGUCAAAGAGACCGAGCGCACAAACUCCUAAACACCUACUUCCAAGCGCGCAUUCGCGAAGGCUCAUACAGUGGCAAGUCCCAAAAGAUCUUCGCCAUCCUGGAAAUCAGCGAUGUGAAAAAGGCGUGUGAGAGUUUACGAAGAAUGAGCCGAGGACGCGAAAUGCAAGGGCCCGUCCCGAUCAAAGAAGAUGAAACGAGGAAGAGGAAGUACUCGAUCAGACAAGAAAUGAAUACCGUUACCGCGGAUGAAGAAGACGAAGACGCACAAAGAUUAGCGAAAAGACUGAAAGAGGAACUAUGCGUCAUCUCCGAAGAAGACAACACUACCAACAACAACAACGAGCCAAGCACGCCAAUCUGCAUCAACUUCAACGAUAUACCCACGCCCCCGGAUUCCCAAGCUACGAUAACAGCAACACUUCCUUCUACAACUACCACACCCCAGACGCAGCGCCGCUCCCGGCCCCCUCCUAUUGUCAUUGCUGAGAUUCCUACGCCUACAGCUACAUCCCCUGGCAUCGUCCCACCGUUCUCGUCUUUCACGCCCCUGUUUAAUAGCCUGGCUCGGGAGUUUGGUGGAGAUCCGGAUACGCCGUGUCCGAUACGAACGAAUACGUACUCACAACCACAACCAGAUCUCCUUAAUAGCUAUGACAGUGGGAACGGGAACGGAAACGAUAAUGCAAACGGCACUCUCUUUGAAUCAUACAUGCGCGAUACGUAUCCAGCGCCGAGGAUAGAUCCUCGCGUCCAGGCAGCGCAGAGAACGACGCAUGAGUUUAAUUUGAGGAGGAUGGAGGUGAUUGAGGCGCAGAGAGUGUUUGAGGAGGCGAGGAGGAGAUUUGGAGAGGCGAAGCGGAGGAUGGAAAGUGUGAGGGGUGGAGGGAUUUGGCGGUGA